AUGAGCCCUCCUCAAAUUGCGCCUUAUGGCCAUUGGAAGAGUCCGUUGACCGCGGAAGGUCUGGCAACAUGCAGCAUCAUGCUAAACGAAGUGGUCGUUAAUGAAUCAACGGGUGCAAUCUACUCUGUUGAAUGCCGACCAGUUGAAGACGGCCGAUCUGCCAUCGUGCAGCAUCUCAAUGGAGAACCCAAAGAUGUUCUCCCGAAAGACCUCAGUGCACUCGCCUCCGUGCAAGAACUUGGAGGUGGAUCCAUCUCAAUGAGACCCGAUGGAAAUAUUCUACUCUCAGACGAAGAUUCUUGCAAUAUCUAUCUACUGGAUCCUACGUCGGCUCAAACCACGCUAGUCCAACCAGCUGAGGAAGGCAUUCGCUACGCAGAUUUCUCUAGCCACCCUACAAACUCGCGAUGGAUCAUUGCAAUCAAGGAAGAUCACCGAGAGGCUACACCGGAAACUCAAGCAACCCACGUCCAUAACACGCUUGUGGCAAUUGAUAUCGACCUUGACCCGAAAGACUCGGGCAAGGAAAUCACCAUUGCCCAAGGUGACGAUUUCUACUCUCAUCCUAAAUUUGAUCCUUCUGGAAAAUAUGUUUCCUGGAUUCAAUGGAGCCAUCCCGACAUGCCUUGGACGGGAACUGUGCUCUACCUGGCCGAGUGGAAAGAUGGGUCCUUGGAAAAUAUCACACGGAUUGCGGGCGAAGCACAGAAGGAGAGCAUCGCUCAGCCAAAAUGGGGUCUUGAUGGAAAACUGUACUUUGCGAGUGAUUCUACCGGCUUCUGGCAGUUGUAUUCAUACAAUCCAGAAGAACCUGGAGUAUGUGCGUUGACAUUCAAGGGAAUGGAGAAGUCGGACUUUGCAGUCGCCGAGUGGGAGCUUGGAAGCUCUACAUACACAUCGCUGGAUGAGAAGACUAUCGUGGCAACGGUGAUUACCCAUGCUACUAGCAAAGUGGUUCUAAUCGAUACCGCUACUUCAUCUGCCCGAGACCUCGACAUUCCUUAUGUGGAUAUCGAUACAAUCUGUCGCAUCUCAGCUACCAGCUUUGCAGUCGUCGGGUCGUCAAAAACCUCACCCCAGGAAUUGGCGCUAGUCUCGUUUAACUCUUCAUUCGAGACAACCAGGAAGGUGCUCACUUCUACCGCGUCAUUCGAACUAGCACCUGAAUUCGUUUCAAUUGCGACGGACUAUACUGCCCCUCAAAAGCACGGUCCUCAAACCGAUGGCGAAGUCCAUAUGUUCUAUUUCGCUCCUCGCAACCCUGACUUCCAGGCUGAUAGGAACAGCCUGCCUCCUCUCCUGACAUAUGUACAUGGAGGUCCCAAUGGGGCUGUCACUCCCGCUCUUGACCUCGAAAUCCAGUACUGGACUACCCGUGGCUUUGCCGUCUGUGCUGUCAACUACACUGGCUCCGUCGCUUUUGGCCGAGAAUACCGCGAGCGACUGUCCGGGUACUGGGGUCUUGUGGACGUGGGAGAUGCAGUCAGCGCGGUCGAAUUCCUAGUAGACAAGGGGUUGGUCGACAAGACUCGGGUUGGAGUUUAUGGUGGAAGUGCCGGAGGUUACUUGACUCUCCGUGCCCUCCACAUGUAUCCCGAAGUCUGGGCAGCGGGAAUCAGUUCCUACGGUAUCAGCGACGUCAAGGCCCUGCAAGCAGAUUCUUACAAGUUUGAGAGUCAAGACGUGGAUAGAUUGCUUCUUAGCAAAACCAAGCCCGAGGAUCGAGAGGCGGAGCUCAAGAAGCGCAGUCCGUGCUAUUAUGCAGAACAGAUGACGGCACCAUUGUUGCUGUUACAAGGAACGGAGGAUAUGGUCGUUCCGAUCGCACAAGCGCGCAUGAUGGCCGAUGCUAUGCAUUCUAAGGGCCGAGCCGCCGAGGUCGUUGAGUUCGAGGGUGAGGGUCAUGGAUGGCAUGGUCAGAAAGCUAUCCUCGAGUCUUUCACCCGAAAGGAAGACUGGUGGAAGCGAUAUCUGGCCUGA